GACUGCUUUCGAUGGUCGCUGUUUCCUCUAUGUUCCACAAUCCAUGAAUUGGGCUGCGGCUGAGAGAAACUGUAUGUCCAUGGGUGGACACCUUGCAUCUGUACACAACAUCCAGGAGUACCCUAUGAUUCAGGCGAUGAUAUUGAGGGAAACUCACAAUCAAGGAUUAGCAUGGAUUGGGGGAUCUGAUGCACAACAGGAGGGAGUUUGGUUCUGGAGUGAUGGAAAGCCUUUCAGCUUUUCUUACUGGUGUUCUGGAGAGCCUAAUAACACUGACGGUCGUCAGAACUGUCUGCAAAUGAAUUAUUCAGAUAAUAAAUGCUGGGACGACGAGCAAUGUGAUAGGCAGCUCCCAUCUGUCUGUGUCAGAAAUGGCUGUUAAACACAUGAAGAACGUGUCAAAAACACAAACACUGAUCAAUUUGUGUUUGUGUCCACCAGUCUCAUAUUUGACGUGAAGGCUUUAUAACUCAUACAAUGACAUCUUUAUUUCUUCUCUAUCGCUGUAACGCUACUUAAGGAACGAACCGACAAGUGACAUAAACAGCAGCUGGAUUGUCUCUGUCUCUUUAAUACGAGCAGACUGAAUGUGUAAUGAAAAGAAAGCUUUUAGCACAACUUUA